AUGGACGCCGUCGGCCAGUACUACAACGACUACUCCGACCUCUCCGGCGACGAGCCCAUGGACCUCGACAACGGCAACGACUCUGACGCAGACGCUGACGCCGACUAUCUCGACGUCGACCAGCCCGUCCCAGCCUCGUCGUCGCGUCCCUCGGCCAGGAAGGUUAUCGCGGAUGAGGACUCUGGCUACGAGGACCAGGAUGCCGAGGCAGACGAGGACGCCGAGGCCAGCGACGACGACGGCGACGCGUCCUUUGGCGACGACGAGUACGGCGCGUCGGUCAAGAAGAAGAAGAAACCCUCCAAGAAGAAGAAAGAGAGCUCGUCCUCCAAACCCAAACCCACACCCAUCUCCUCGCGCCGCCCAACAUCCGACUCUGACGACUCUGAAUACGGUGCACGGUCCAAGAAGAAGAAGAGGCGACCCGCUGCCGACGAAGUCCGCUCCUCGGCGCGUACUGGCAAGAUGCCCAACUACAACGACGACGUGAAUGACUUUGACCAGUUCGACGAUCCCGACCCCGGCUACUACUACGUCGACGUCUCCCAGCAAGGCGAGUCUGACGAGAUUGAGGCCGUUCUCGGGCACGUACGCGACGAAGACCGUAUGGACGACCCAGAGGACGUAUUCGCGGAGAACGUCCGCUUCCACAUCAAGUGGAAGGGAUACUCCCAUCUCCGCAACACAGACGAAACAUACGAGUUCUUGAAGCGUUUCAAGGGUCUCAAGCGCGUCGACAACUACAUCAAGGCGUACAAGGCCUACGAGUCUCGCUUGAAUUCGCCCGGUCUCACACAAGAAGAACGCGAACAGUUGUUGCUCGACAAGGAACGCGAGAAGGAAGAGUACGAGCAGUACCAGAUCGCCGAACGCGUCGUCGCGGAGCAGGUUAACAAGACUACCAAGGCAACCGAGUAUCUUGUCAAGUGGACCGGUCUCAACUACGAGCACUGUACUUGGGAGACGCUCGACGAGCUCAAGACGUGGGGCGCUCAGGACAAGAUCGCCGAGUACCGCCAACGCGAGGCUCAGGCAUAUUACCCGUACAAGUCCGUUCAGUACUCGCGCCACAACCGCCCAGAAUUCGUCAAGAUCACCGAGGACCCUCCGUAUAUCGCCGAGACGGGAGGCGCGCUCAAGGACUUCCAGCUUACCGGUCUCAACUGGCUCGCAUACCUUUGGCACAAGGGUGACAAUGGUAUCCUCGCCGACGAGAUGGGUCUCGGCAAGACCGUCCAAACCGUGUCGUUCCUGUCAUAUCUGUUCCACCAGAUGCAGCAGUACGGCCCGUUCCUCGUCAUCGUCCCGCUCUCGACAAUCACCGCCUGGCAAUCUCAAUUCGCGACCUGGGCACCGGACCUCAACGUGAUCAUGUACGUCGGCACCGCGCCCGCACGCGAGAUGAUUCGCAAGUACGAGUUCGGCGCGAGCCCGAAGAAGCUCAAGUUCAACGUGCUGCUCACGACGUACGAGCUCACGCUGCGCGACUCGCGCGAGCUCGGCGAGAUCAAGUGGCAGGCGCUUGCUGUCGACGAGGCGCAUCGGCUCAAGAAUAGCGAGAGUCAGCUCUACGAGGCGCUUCGCGGGUUCAACGCGGCCAGCAAGCUGCUCAUCACCGGAACGCCGCUGCAGAACAACGUCAAGGAGUUGCUGUCGCUGAUGCACUUCCUGAUGCCGGACAAGUUUGCCCUCACCAACGAGUUCGACCUCUCGGAUGCAAACCACGAGGCGAAGAUCAAGGAGCUGCACGCGCAGCUCGAAGAUCUUAUGCUCCGUCGGCUCAAGCGCGACGUGCUCAAUGAUCUUCCUACGAAGAGCGAGCGUAUCUUGCGCGUCGAGAUGUCCGCGUUGCAGACGCACUUCUACAAGAACAUCCUCACGAAGAACUUCCAAGGACUUGUCAAGAGCGCUAAUGGAAACAACAACAUCUCGUUGUUGAACAUCGCGAUGGAGCUCAAGAAGGCGGCAAACCACCCUUACCUCUUCGAUGGCGCCGAGGACCGGAACGCUGGCACAGAUGAUCAGCUCAAGGGCCUCGUCAUGAACAGCGGAAAGAUGGUGCUCCUCGACAAGCUCCUUGCGCGCCUGCGCUCCGACGGCCACCGUGUCCUCAUCUUCUCGCAAAUGGUCCGCAUGCUCGACAUUCUGUCGGACUACCUGACUCUCCGAGGUUACGUUCACCAGCGUCUGGACGGCAUGGUCUCCAGCGAACUGCGUAAGAAGUCGAUCGCGCACUUCAACGCGCCAGGCAGCAACGACUUCGUCUUCCUGCUCUCGACUCGUGCUGGUGGUCUCGGUAUCAACCUCGAGACGGCUGACACCGUCAUCAUCUUCGACAGCGACUGGAACCCGCAGAACGACCUGCAGGCAAUGGCGCGCGCGCAUCGUAUCGGCCAGAAGUCGCAUGUCAGCGUCUACCGCUUCGUCAGCAAGGACACGAUGGAGGAGGACAUUCUCGAGCGCGCGCGCAAGAAGAUGGUUCUCGAGUACGCUAUCAUCAACCAGAUGGACACGUCCCAGGCGCAUUUGUCCGGCAAGGCUAACGGCGCGAAGGAGCUCACAAACAAGUCGGAUAACCUCAGCAAGGACGAGCUACAAGCCGUGCUUAAGUACGGCGCGCAGAAGAUGUUCGACAAGGACGACGCGGACCAGAGCAAGAAGCUCGACGAGAUGGACCUCGACGAUAUCCUCAACCGCGCCGAGCACCACGAAACCACCGUCAGUGGUGAUGGUGGUACCUCGCUCGGUGGCGCUUCUUUCCUUGCGACCGUCGCCGAGGUCAACGACGUCAAGGCCGACAUGAACUGGGAGGACAUCAUCCCGCUCGAAGAGCGCCAGAAGAUCGAGCGCGAGGAGGACACACGCAAGGCCGAGGAGCUCGCCGCUGCGGAGUCUGGGCGCGAUCGCAAGCGUACAGCCGCGAACGUUAGCUACGAGGGUAUGGACGUCGACCAACCCAUCUCUGCGCCACCGAAGCCCAAGCCCAAGCCGAUCCCACAACGCAAGACCGCGAGUCAGAAGGCGAUGGAGCUCAAGGAGCGCGACGUCCGCGUUCUUAUAAGGAGCAUGCAGAAGUGGGGCGAUAUCCGUCAGCGCUACGAGCUCAUCGUGCACGAGUCGAAGUUGCAAGAUAAGAACCGUGGUAUGCUCGAGGACGUCGCGGACGAGAUCGUGAGCGAGUGCGAGCGGGCCGUGCAUGAGAAUGAGGAGAGGAAGAGGAUUAAGGCGGAGGCUGGCGAGAUUCUUACUAAUGCGGAGAAGAGCAAGGCUGUGCUCGUCACAUAUCGCAACGUCGCGAACAUCAACGCCGAGACCGUCAUCUCGCGCGCGCGGGACCUUCGCAUCCUCUACGACCACCUCUCAAUCCUCUCAGACGAAGACCUCUUCAAGUGGACGCUACCCGUCGACAACAUCCGCCCCACGCUCAACUGGUCCGGCCGCUGGACGACACAAGAGGAUAGCGCGUUGCUUAUCGGGGCCUUCGUUCAUGGGUUCGGCAACUGGGAGUCCAUGCAGAAGGAUCCACGUCUGGGACUCGAGGGCAAGUUCUUCCUCGAGGAAGGCAAGAAGGGCGAAGACGCCGCGAGCCGACCUAUACCCAACGCCAUCCAUCUUGUUCGUCGUGGUGAUUACCUCCUCGGCCUCCUCCGCGAGCACGACGAGAAGGUUAAGAACUACGAGGACCAUCUCCGUCGGAAGGGUCAGCUCAAGAGCACCACGCCCCCCAUGCGCCAUGUCUCUGCUUCCGCCGCUGCUACCUCCAUCGACCGCCGGCGCGCGGAGAGCGAGGCCGUCGCGAGUGUCGAAGGCAAUGCGCGCGGCAAGCGUAAACGCCGUCCGACGCCGACGUUCACCGACUCUGAAGACUCGGACGACGAGAGCAUGAGCGAGGCGACGGAGCAGGCUACCAAGGACGAGCUGCGGCCGGUGAAGAAGUACCUUAAGCAGUUGAGGUUGACGGGCGACGAGAUGCCGCGCGAGGAGAAGGUGUUGAUUCUGAAGGAGAGCUUGGCGAAGAUUGGAGAUCAGAUUCGCGCUGUGUUGGAUAGGAAGGAGAAGGAGGGCGCGGAUAGGGAUCGGUGGAGAAGGCAUUUGUGGACGUUUGUGACGUUCUUCUGGCCGAAGGAGGUCAAGGCCUCCAAGCUCGAGGGCAUCCACGCGAAGAUGAUGCGCGAGACGGACCCACCGCCGAAGAAGUUGAAGACGGCUCAGAGCGCACCAGCGCCUCGGCCAAGUAAUGGCUCGUCGAAGAAACCUCGACCAUCGAACGAGCGUGGUUUCUAG